AAAAGAAUCUAGAACCCUCUUUUCUUCUCUGUGGCCACCGCCUUUAACACAGCCCUAGCUAAAUUGCAGAAGAAUCCACCUUUUAAUCCGUGUUGGGAGAAGACACACUUCAAAUCCUUCUUGAUUGCAUCGUCUAACCCUUCCAUGGGUUUGUUUUCAGGUAUGUAAUGCGUGAAUUUUGAGGUGCUGGUUCUGUUUGGUGAGAAUGAACAUCAUAAAAGUUAGUCCUGGUCCACGUGUUCGUGGGGUUCAUGCCCCCAACUUGUAUAGGUUGCGACGCGAUUUUAAUUCUGGAGCAUGUUCAUUGCCGGUGGCUUUUGACCCUCUCUAUGUGACUUCACUUUGCCUCAGACCUAAAUCUUUAUCUCGCUCUCAAGGCCAACCUGUCCUUAAAUUUUGCCAACCUCUUCAUAUAUGUUUGGCCGGUGGACAAGGAAUGAUGGAAAAUAAUGGGGAUUUCCAGAGCAAAUCUCUUCAAGAAGCUAUGGAACAAUUUAAGGGACAGUCCAUAGAGGAUAUAUUGCGACAGCAAAUGCAGAAGGGAGGCAGUGGAGACUUACCUCCUGGAGGACGCCGUGGCGGUGGUGGCAGAAGCGAUGGGGGCAGUUCUGGGGGAUCAGAUGGGAUGUCAAACGAAAAUCUUCAAGUUGUUUUAGCAACAGUUUGCUUUGUAAUAAUGUAUAUUUUUGUCAUCAAUGGCUUAGAACUUAUAAAGCUAGCUAGGGACUGCAUCAAGUUUGCGUCUGGUAGAGGCCAGAGUGCUCGAUUGAAGCGAGCCAUGUACAACUGGGUUAAACUUUACAAGAACAUCAUGGAGAAGAAGGAAGCUGUUAAGAAUGGAUUGGAGAAAGCCUGCACAUGCUGGUUCGACCCUGAUUUCUUCCGAGGUGUCAGUAGGCAUAAUUUGAAAUCAACUCAUGAAUAAUUUUUUUCUGUACCUGUUAUAAACCUGUUUUCUUCUUUAGGUCAAAGAGUGCUUUCAAUAUAAUUUUUUGGUAUACAUUCAAUA